CAGUUUGACAGUUUGUGCUAUGGCCAUUGACCAGGAUAUGAGGCACAAUGGACACUGCUGACACCGUCCUUGGAAUCAUGUCAUUCUAUAGGGUCCUUUCUCUUCACCACUCAAUGAAAACAUUGACGUUGAUUAUCAUCUUGACUUUGGCAACUGAGGCUGAUGGUGAGAAGGAAUGGAACAUCACUGUUCCUAAAGAAUUAAAUGCUGCGUUGUUCUCUGAUGUUACUAUACAAUGCCAUUUCACCCACCCCCCUGCAAAAAGUGAAGACUCUGUCAAGGUUUUUUGGAAAAUACGGGGAAAAAUAAACCCAGAAAUCAAUGAAAAGGAUCAACAUGAAUUUAUCUAUCACCCCAAUAACAACUGGGUAAAAAAAAGCUUCCAAAAUAGGACCACAUUUACUGGAAAUGUCCGUAAAAAAGACUGUUCCCUCAAGAUACAAAAUAUCCAAGAGAGUGACGCAAACUCUUUCUUGUAUAUGAGACUUGCAACCGGAAUCGACAGCUAUAGUUUCAAUAAGGACCUGGUCACAAUCAAGAUAAAAGGGGUCAAUUUAACUCGUGAACUCCCAUUUACAGAUAGCACACUUCAGUUUACAUCCACGACUGCGAUGAUGACAACUGAAGACACUGGCCAAUCAACAGUCGUAUACGUGGCCUCCAUUAUUCCUUUUGUGGUAGUUCUGAUUGCGGUCACACUUGGCUAUAUUUUCUUCAAGAAUCAUAAAAGACAUGUUACAACAAUCACCAGGGAGCCAUCCGGUCAUUAUGUCAAUUUUAGUCGGGCCAACGUUGAAAAAACUGAAAUAUCACAGAAAAAGGAACCCAUUCCACUUCCUCCCCUGAAGACCACACAGUCUGGACCACCAAAAACAACCAUUGACGAGCCUGUCUAUGGCAAUGUUCUGCAUCAUAUUGAAUUCAUGGAUCUCUCUGUGGAUGAAACAGACAAUGUUUAUGCAAAUGUGGACUGUUCAAAACCAUGACAAGGCAAAGAUUUACAUUAAAAAAAAUACAUUUACAUUUCUAGUAUUACACUAUUAAUGAUUUAAGGUGUUCAUUUUAUCUUUUCAUAGUUAUGUUUGUAAGUGUACAUUUGUUUCCAGCUGUGAUUUGCUUCUGGUGUAAUGGUUCCGUUGGCAAGGUUAGUUUAUAAUUCCUUGUAUUUUUACCAUAAUGUUUCUUGCAUUACAAGUAAUAGAAAGACUACAUCAAGGAAUGACCACAGCACCACCAAACCUUUUUUAUUAGUUUUUGCCAUUCAAUGCUCAAAAUGUCAAAUAGAGUUACAGUACAACAGGGUGAUAGGGACAUCUCUAAUGAGUGUGUGUGUAAGUGUGUUGACAUGUGUGCAAGUGUGUAACUCCUACUAAACCUAACCUAGUCUUGUAUCACCCGUUGUAUACCAGUUCUACCAAUUAAAUAAUGCCUUAAAUAAAAUGCAA